AUGGCCUCCUCAGGAAUCUAUAAGCUGGAUGAUGGGAAGCCUUACCUGAACAACUGCUUUCCAGCCAAAAAUCUGCUUCGGAUUCCAGAAGAAGGCCGAGGACACUGGUUAGUGGCUCGGAAAGGUAACCUCAAGAAGCCUAAGAGUGUGACUGAGGCUCCAGCUGAAGGUCAGGAAAUCCAGAAGAAGGUUUCUUUUGACGUCAGGGGGAAGAAAGGGUCUCAGCAGGAAAACCAAGUAGACAUUCCUGGACACAUCCUGGACCAGGCCUUUCUGCUGAAGCACCACCAUGUGAGGAAGCCAUCAGACCUGUGCAAUGUUAACAUUAGUGGCCUGAAGUUCUCCAAGGCUAAGGAAAAGGACUUCAAGCAUUUUCAUUCUGUGACUUAUAUCAAUGCCUCAGAAAACCUGCUGCCUCUAGAGGCAUUUCACACGUUUCCAGCCUUAAAGGAACUGGAGCUCGCAUUUAACAGCAUCAAAACAGUCUGUGUGAAAUAUGGAGACUUUAAGUUAUUGGAAUUCUUGGACCUUUCCUUCAACAGCCUGACUGCGGAGGCCAUCUGUGAUCUGGGAAUUCUGCCACACCUCCGUGUCCUACUCCUCACAGGCAAUGGGCUCACCUCCCUGCCACCCAAUCUGGCUGUCACAGAGCAGGAGGCAUCUCUAACAUCGCUGACAAGGAAGAGGUACAUCCUGAGGUUCCCAGCGCUGGAGACACUGAUGCUGGAUGACAACAAACUCUCCAACCCCACCUGCUUUGCCAGCCUUGCUGGGCUCAGGAGACUGAAGAAGUUAAGCCUGGAUCAAAACAGGAUUUUCCGGAUCCCGUACCUACAGCAGGUUCAGCACCGAGAUGGGUCAGGGGACUGGGUUGGAGGCAGGGAAAGUCCCCGGAAAGAGCUCCGGACCAUGCUGCAGCCCAAGUCGUGGAUGUUUGAGGCCUCAGAAGAGCAACCAGAUUAUACUGUGCUGCCAAUGAAAAAGGAUGUUGACCGGACAGAGGUUGUGUUUUCAUCUUACCCUGGAUUUUCUGCCUCAGAGACAACCAAGGUAUGGUCACUUCCUCCCACAUUCGAGAUUCUGCCUGUGAAGUCACUGAAGGCCAGGAACCAGACGCUGGCCCCGCCCUUCCCGGAGCUGAGGUACCUGAGCCUGGCCUACAACAAGAUCGCGAAGGAGGAUGCUCUCUUGCCAGUAGCUCUCUUCCCAUCUCUCUGUGAGCUCAUCUUUCAUAACAACCCUUUGGUGGCCCAUACACGAGGAGUCCCUCCACUGCUAAAGAGCUUCCUCCAGGAGCGACUGGGGAUCCACUUAAUUCGAAGGAAGAUAGUAAAGGCUAAGCAUCAUAUUUUGAUGCCUCGGAAGGAAUCAUGGAAGGUGAAAACCCAAGUCCCAAAGGUGCCAAAGCAGCCUCUUAUGCUCUAUCACCCAUGUGUGACCACAGUCAAGUCUUCCUCAAGAGAAAUUCAGGAGCCAGAGGCAGAGCUAGCUGAAGAGAUGCCCACUGCCAAAAGCACUUCUCUGAAGCCAGAAAUGCCCACCGAGGGCUGGGAAGGCCUUUCCCUGUCCCGCCGGACCUUCGUGCCACUGCCUCUCAUCUGCUCUGACUCCACUGUGCAUAGCGAAGAGACCAUAUCCCGCCUGAAUGACACAGCCAUCCGCUUCAGCCCGGAGCACCUGUCAGAUGAGGACACCAAAAGCACAGAGUCCAUCUUCCUGACCCAGGUGAGUGAGCUGCCUUCCUCCGUCAUUCAUAGGGAAGAUUUAGAGGUGAAGGAGAAAGACCAAAGGAGACCACAAACAGCUCCCAGAGAGGUGAAGAAGACUCAGAGGAAGCUCCCAUCUGCCUCCCUCCCCAGCAAGUACCAUGGCUAUGAGGAGCUGCUAACAGCCAAGCCUGAUCUGGCCUUCAUCGAGCCUAAGGGAAUCCAGAAGAAUGCACAGGCCCUGCACCACAUGCUGAAGUACCCGCUCCUGUACCGCUCCUCCAAGCCCAAGCUGGAUACUCUUCAGAAACAUUAUGUCCCCAAGGAGAAACGGGCCCUGAGGAUCCCAGUCCCACCCCCACGAAAGACUCGAGCCCAGCUGCUGGAUGACAUCCUCAUUCGCAUGCGGGACCCCCGGAACAUUACAGAGGCUCCGCUAGGCACAAUCCUGCGCCGCAGGACAGAGCAGCGGCUGGUGAACCAGCAGCAGUACUUGGAGGCCAAGCGGCUGCUGAAGGAGUUCCGGGCGCGUUACCAGCGGCUGGUGCGGGGCUCGCUGCGGAAGGUGUUUGGGGCUACCCCGCCUCCCCCGGCCCGCCCUGCACUGAGCGAGGGCCAGCCCAAGUUCGGCCGCUUCCUCAAGUUCAUGGAUGAGUUCUGCGAGGCGUCCCCGGCCAGUGACCUGAAAGGCUAG